AUGAAGGGCCUCAACCUGCUCUGCUGCUGCGUGGCCUCGCUCCUGCUCCUCGGCACCGCAGAGCCGCGUGCCCCCGGCACGGACCGUGCCGGCGGUGCUGCCGAAGGGCCCUUGCCGGCUGCAGAGCCCAGGCUGGAGGAGAAGGCAGCCGACGGCAGCCCUGAGGAGGACCAGGAUGGCGGCCCCACCAACGCCUCCUUGCCUGGCGCCGCCGAGGAGGGACAUGGAGAGGGGGAGGAAGAGCCGGCGGGCGGUCUGAGCAGGGACCUGGGGCCAGGGGAUGGACAGCCCGAGGAAACCGCCACGGAGAAGGGCCAGGAGGGGCUCGGAGAGACACAGGGCCCAAGGGAGGACGCCACGCUGGGCACCCCUGAGGCAGCACGUCAUGAAGGCAACCGCGGGCCUGGCCCACGAGAUGUCCUCCGUGCCCGGGAGGAUGAGGAGCCCGGCACCAAGAAAGGAGCCUCUGAGGAGCAAAGGCAGCCUGGGGAAGAGAAGAUGGAGGAGCCGAGAGCAGUGUCCGCACCCAAGGCAGGAAAGGAAGUGGGCAAGCAGAGCUCAGAGGAAAAUGAUGAGCAGGGAGAGUCUGAGGAAGAUGAACAUGGCAAGUCUGAGGAAGACGUGAGCGAGGAAGAGUCUGAGGAGGAAGGAGAGUCUAAGGAGGAGGAAGAGUCUGAGGAAGAUGGUGCCAGGCCAGCGGGGCUGGAGAACAGAGCUGAAGGGGGUGACAAGGAAGCAGUUAGUGCAUCCAGAAAAAAUGGUCGUGGCAAACCAGCAGCUGCCAGCCAGGGAGAAUCCAGGGAUGGGCCUGCCAGCUGCCAUCACCCACCCUGUGGGGACGCAGCAGGAGACCCGCCGGCAGCAGUGGAAGACCCAGCAGCAGCAGUGAAAAACCCCCCAGCAGCAAAAGACUCACCGGCAGCAAUGAAAAACCCCCCAACAGCAGAAGACCCACCAGCAGCGGUGAAAAACCCCCCAGCAGCGGUGAAAAACCCCCCAGCAGCAGAAGACCCGCCGGCAGCAGUGAAAAACCCCCCAGCAGCAGAAGACCCCCCUGCAGAGAAGCCAUCACUGGCAGAAGCAGAGAGCCCACCUGGCCACAGCACCCACCCAGCUGCCACCGAGCUCCGGCACAGCCAGAUAGAAGAGGUUGAAGAUGCCAGCGAGCCGACCAAGCGCGACCGGUCCCACUUGGAGAACACCCUCAAGCUGAAUGAGGACAAACCUGCUGACGAUUUCUCAGGAGUACUGCAGCGGCUGAGGAAGAUCUACCACUCCUCCAUCAAGCCCCUGGAGCAGUCCUACAGAUACAACGAGCUGAGGCAGCAUGAGAUCACAGCUUACCCCGGACGCACCCUGGGCUCCUCCGCCACAGAUGGGGAGAUCACUUCCAAGCCAAUGGUGCUAUUCCUGGGACCGUGGAGCGUCGGCAAAUCCUCCAUGAUAAACUACCUCCUCGGGCUGGACGACACUCCCUACCAACUCUACACAGGGGCAGAACCCACCACCUCCGAAUUCACUGUCAUCAUGCACGGCCCCAAGCUGAAGACCAUCGAGGGCAUCGUGAUGGCUGCUGACAGCGCCCGCUCCUUCUCACCCCUGGAGAAGUUUGGGCAGAACUUCUUGGAGAAGCUGAUAGGAAUCGAGGUGCCCCACAAACUGCUGGAGCGAGUCACCUUCGUGGACACGCCGGGCAUCAUUGAAAACCGCAAGCAGCAAGAACGAGGUUACCCGUUCAAUGACGUGUGCCAGUGGUUCAUUGACAGAGCCGAUCUCAUCUUCGUUGUCUUUGACCCUACCAAGCUGGACGUGGGCUUGGAGCUGGAGAUGCUGUUUCGCCAGCUGAAGGGCCGCGAGUCUCAGAUCCGAAUCAUCUUGAACAAAGCCGACAGCCUGGCUACCCAGGAGCUCAUGAGGGUCUACGGUGCCUUGUUCUGGAGCCUGGCUCCUCUCAUCAACGUCACAGAGCCACCCAGGGUGUACGUGAGCUCCUUCUGGCCCCAGGAGUACCAUCCGGAUACCCACAAAGACCUGUUCCUCAAAGAAGAGAUAUCGCUCCUGGAAGAUCUCAACCAGGUGAUUGAGAACAGGAUGGAAAAUAAGAUCGCCUUCAUACGCCAGCACGCCAUCCGGGUGCGCAUCCACGCCCUUUUGGUCGAUCGCUAUCUACAGACCUACAAGGACAAAAUGACCUUCUUUAGCGAUGGAGAACUGGUGUUCAGGGACAUUGUGGAAGAUCCUGACAAGUUCUUUAUCUUUAAGUCCAUUCUGGCAAAGACCAAUGUCAGCAAAUUUGACCUCCCCAACCGUGAGGCUUACAAGGACUUCUUUGGCAUCAACCCCAUCACCAGCUUUAAGCUGCUGUCUCAGCAGUGUUCCUACAUGGGAGGGUGUUUCCUAGAGAAGAUCGAGAAGGCCAUCACUCGCGAGCUUCCCGAUCUCUUGGGAAGCAUCGGCUUGGGGAAGAAGCCCAACGUUCUCUCCUGCGACAUCACUGGAUGUGGCGAAACCCCCAAAAAUCGCUACAGGAAACCCUAAGGUGUUCUGUAACACAACCGUCCACGUGUUCCUACCGGUGGUGAAUGAGCUUAUGUCUUAUCUGUCCAAGAAGCCGUGGUUUGUUAACCCUUUGAGUGCCGCACUGGCAAAGGCUACUGUACGAUGAGGACUUUUUGACAUCGAUGGCAGGGGAAGAUGGGUGGGCAUAAGAAAGAGAAUAAAAACUGUGAAUUCCUGAUAUUUUAUCUUUGUUCUUUUGAGUAGAAGGCAAUGUUUAAGCUGUAAGUAUGAGCAAUGCACGGGGAGCUAGAACUGUAGCUGCUUUUUCACUGGUGCCAAGAGUGCGUGAACAGGAAUUUCAGCCUCUGCAUCCCCAAAGCCGGCGGGAGAGCGCAGGGGAGAGUGGUGACACACUAGCCCGGGGCAUCACCGGCGCUGGGCAAGGAAAGAGAAGCCAGGUCCCAGCUGUUGUUUUCAGGCACAAGCAUCCUACAAAUCUCUGCAAAUAUUGAUCUUGUUUUUCUUUCCAAGACUUUUAGGUCGCCCAGUGAGUUCUCCUUUUGCGUGACAGUCAAGUUGAACUUCUGCAGCCUUCCCCUGGGUGUUUGCCUUAAGAAGGGGCUUUUGCAGGGGCAUUUGUAUUUCCAGACAGGUAGACAUGAAGGGAUUUGCAAGUCCAUGUCAGAGGAAGCAGUGGGUUGGAAAGGAGCUGAGCUGUGCCGGAGGAGGAAGGCCAGCACCCCAAACUGCACGGUCCCGCAAGGAGCUGCGAGCAGGUUUUCCUUGCCCUGCGCCAGCACAGGGACAGGGCACCUCGUCCCCAUGUGUGCCAUCAACUUCAAAAACUCAUGCUGGCAAGUCAAGCCUGUGGAUCAGCAGGGCUCCAAGGAUUAAGGGUUUGGCAGUUCGACCUUGUUCAAGUCCAUGUUGCUGUUUUCUCAGUCAAACCCCCAUGGUUUUGUGCUCUGUGGAGGGGGGCAGGAUCAGGGGGGGCACUAGCUGCAUCCUUUUUCCCAUCUGCUGAUCUGAUCUCCCCAGGAAAACCCAGGCAGGUUUUUCUGUCUUGCUCACCAAACUUCCCCCAUUUUAGCCAUGAUUUUGCUGGCUCGUCUCUGUGCAUCAGCGCUCAGUCCUGGGAGGAGAACAAGUAUUGCUUCAGAAACACCCGAGCAGGGUGAGAUUCCCUGUGGAGAGACGACCUUGAAACCCAGCAGUGAAAGCCGGGGACGCAGGGGUGGCCUCGUCCCUUGGCCCCCACGGCCAGCACGGCUGGCUGCCGAGCCGAGCACAAACCAGCCAAGAGGCAGAUGUUGCUCUGGAUGGACAUUGGCACCUUCGAGCCCACCCACGACCUGCUCGGUGUCCCUUCUCCUUCCUCCUGCCAAACGACCACAGCUAGUGCUGUUCUCCAGGAAACCUCCGGAGCAAAGGGACUUCCCUUUGACAGGGACAAGAAGAUGUGGAGGUGCUGGGUGAGACAAGAAAAAGGCAAAAGGAACAAAAGAGGGAAAGAGAAAGCUGGGAAUGGAAGGCUGUGUUGUGAUGGGGAAGGUGUGAAGGGUGAUGACUCUCAUCUCCACGUGCCCAGAGGGACGUGAGCUGGGGCAGAAGGUCUGUGGGAGCUCCACGUCCCUCAGCGCCGAGGCCAGGCACUGUGAGCAAGAGUUGCCCUCAAGUCCAGGUGAGUCUGGGGGGACACGGCCCCAGGCACUUCUGUGCUCCUUGCCUCUGCUUCGAGGCAGGACUCUACCUUUGGACUAAUGAAGGCGAGACCCAAAUCUACAUCCAAGCACGGGAAGGGGCACGGCUUGUGCAGAGGGCUUUCGCCCACAGCACAGAGGGGACCGGAGGUUCAAAUGAAGGCAAGCAGAGUGUCAGAGGAAGCAGCAGCUGGAACAGCUCGGAGAGAGGUGAUGUGCUCGUGAGUCAGCGCCGCGCAGUCUCAGACCUGCCCCAGAGCUGCUGCCCCCCUCCGCUGCUGUUCCUUCUUCUUUCUUGGACGUGACCCCGCUGCUCAUCGGCAUCCUCUCUGUCUCACCCACUCCUCCUCACCUCUCACCCUCCUCUGCCGGGCCCGUCUGCGUGGUUUUCUUACGAGCUAAUGGAAUAGAAACACCAACAGAAAUGCGCUAAUAUCGUCACUGUUCCUGCUGCCACACUGUCACUGUCACGGCAAGCAAAGGCCAUCAAACGUUUCUAUUUGCAAGCGCCGUAUCGCGCCAUCUCUUUCCUUGUUUCCCUGCACCCCCCCACAAAGCCCGUGGGCUCUGGGGGUGCCCAGGGAAGGGCCCCCCAUCCCAGGACAGCGCUCUGACUCUCCCUUACACCCUUGAACCUGAAGGCACAGUCGCUCUGCCCCCAGGCCGCCCCCAUCGUUCUCCCCACCCCUUCUCUGUUUCCCUUUUCUUCUGCAUUAUCCUCCCGCACUCGUUGCCUCCUCUCCUCCCUUUCUCUUUCCUUCAGCACUCGCACGCCCUGUGCAAAGCCCUGGUGCCCCAUGUCCUGGAUGGGGCUCCUCUGUGACAGCCCAAACCCCUUUUCUCUCCCCCAGUAUCGUACAUUAGGUUUCUCCUCCCAGAGCGAUGGCAGCAGUGGUCUGAGGCUGGGGCUGUUUUCCGCUCCCUGUGACGCACACUGACUCGGCUCCGUGCUGGCUCGGGGAGACACCGACACCGAGAUGUUUUCUCUCCUGCGGAUCCAAGUGGCUGUCUGUCCCAAGAGGAUUGCAGUCCUCAGCCCAGCUCUCUCCAAGCUUUCUUAGGAGAGCUCUGGGAAGUUGUGAGUGGAAAUGGGAAGCAGAGAGGCCUUUUAAUUUUGCCAAGAAACCCCAAGGCCCUGCACCCGCAGCACGGGGUGUGUGAGGAGUGAGCAUCUCGCCUGAGAGCAUCACAGGAGGGAGGGAGCCGGGACACAGGCCCACGUAGAUGCCCAUGAUAGUGUGCAUUGGGAUAAAACUGUCAGUUUGAACAUCAGCCUGUGUAAUAAAACCUGGUAUUUUCCAAACA